UUUCUGCUCUGCUGAGAAGAUGUCUGGACGUGGAAAGGGAGGGAAAGGCUUGGGAAAGGGCGGCGCCAAGCGUCACCGCAAAGUGCUUCGGGAUAACAUCCAGGGCAUCACCAAGCCUGCUAUCCGCCGCUUGGCUCGCCGCGGAGGCGUGAAGCGUAUUUCUGGCUUGAUCUACGAAGAGACCCGAGGCGUCCUGAAAGUCUUUCUGGAGAACGUGAUUCGCGAUGCUGUGACCUACACCGAGCACGCCAAGAGGAAGACCGUGACUGCCAUGGACGUCGUCUACGCUCUGAAGCGCCAGGGCCGUACUCUCUACGGUUUUGGUGGCUAAGGGGGCUUCUUCGUCCUUGGAAACUUAACAAAACAAAACAAGAAACCCAA